UGGAAGAAGAAGAGGAAGAAGAAGAUGUCUGGGCCACAGUGCUGUGAGAAUCCACCAGUCCUCAGUUCAAACUGUGGGCAAGGUUGCGUUCAAGAAGUUGGGGGACUCAAGACCUAUGUUACCGGCUCAUCACACUCCAAACGUGCCAUUCUCCUUAUUUCUGACAUUUAUGGAUAUGAGGCACCAAACUUGAGGAAACUUGCAGAUAAAGUUGCAGCUGCAGGAUUCUAUGUGGUCGUUCCCGACUUCUUUUAUGGGGAUCCUUAUGCACCUGAUAAUGCUGAGAAGCCCAUUGAAAUCUGGAUAAAAGAACAUGGACCGGAUAAAGGAUUUGAGGAUGCUAAACCAGUUAUAGCAACUUUAAAAAGUAAAGGCAUAACCACAACAGGGGUUGGAGGUGUUUGCUCGGGUGGCAAGGUGGCUGUGGAACUGGCAAAAUCUGAUUACAUCCAAUGUGCAGUGCUGCUGCAUCCUUCAUUUGUUACCGUAGAUGAUAUAAAAGAGGUUAAGGUCCCCAUUGCUAUACUUGGAGCUGAGAUCGACGAGACAACUCCGCCAGUACUUGUGAAACAGUUUGAACAGAUUUUAUCCUUCAAACCCGAGGUUGAUGCGUAUGUGAAGAUAUUUCCUGGGGUUGCACAUGGAUGGACUGUGAGGUACAAUGAUGAAGAUGAAGAAGCAAUGAAAGCUGCCGAGGAAGCCCAUCAGAACAUGUUAGACUGGUUUACCAAGUAUGUUAAGUAAGG